UAACGGGUUGGCAGCUCUGUCACCACGAGAUUCUGAAAAACAACAAGUUGUAUAUUUUAGUUUUAAAUCGAAAUGAGUGGCCGGAAUAGAGGCAAAGGGAAGAGAGGCGGAGGUCCCUACCGCAAUGUCAAGUCGAAUCACAAUUGCGCCCGUAGCUUCGCCCAGCAAGCCAACGAACUGGCUGGUAGCAGCGAAGGCGACAGCUCGGAUUCGGACUCCUCUGGAGCAGGUGGCCGGGAUGAUCUCGGCCAACCGCCGGAGUUUGCAGUGGCUAUGUGGGACCUUAACCAUUGCGAUCCCAAGAAGUGCUCGGGCAGAAAGUUGGCUCGCUUGGGACUGAUCUCAAAUCUCCGCCUGGGACAAAAGUUUGCCGGUCUCGUCCUGUCUCCCGUUGGUCAGCUAUGCGUCAGUCCGCUGGAUCGGGAUAUUGUGGCCUCCUCUGGCGUGGCCGUCAUCGAUUGUUCGUGGGCCAAGCUGGACGAAACGCCAUUUAGCAGGAUGCGUAGCCCUCAUCCGCGCCUGCUGCCAUUCCUCGUGGCCGCCAAUCCCAUAAACUACGGCAAACCAUGCAAACUCAGCUGCGUGGAGGCCAUCGCUGCGACACUGUACAUCUGUGGCUUCACAGAUGAGGCGCGUUGGUUCCUGGGAAAAUUCUCCUGGGGCCACGCUUUCAUCGAGCUCAACGAAAAGCUCCUCAACGCAUACGCGACGUGCAAGAGCAGCGACGAGAUUCUCAAGGUGCAAAACGAGUAUCUUGAAAGAGAGCAGCAGGAGCGGGAUAAGCCCCGAGAUCUGCGCGACUUUUAUCCCACCAGCAGCAGUAGCAGCGAGGCGGAAAGUGAAGAAAGCGAUGCUGACGAGGCGGAGGCUAAAGCCAAGGGCUAAUUUUUACAAGGUGCUGACAUUUUAUUAGCAUUACAUUUAGCUUAUUACAAAACUUGUUAGUGCGUUUUUUAAUUUACAAACCAGUUGUGAAGAGCAACUAAAGAAUUAUUGCAAACUGUUUGGAUGAAAUAUUCA